AUGUCCUUUCAUCUUCACAAGUUUCCUUUGCUUUCAAGAAGAGGACUUCUUGAGAAACUAAUUGGUGAAUCUCACAACACUGAUGGAUCUGUAUGUGACUUACAACUCGAUCGGUUACCUGGUGGAACUAAAGCUUUUGAGUUAGUAGCCAAAUUCUGUUAUGGUGUUAAAAUAGAACUCACUUCUAUGAAUGUCGUGAGUCUUAGAUGUGCGGCUGAGUACCUUCAAAUGAAUGAAGAGUAUGGGGAGGGAAAUCUCAUUACACAAACAGAAGCUGAUAAAAUCAAGGAUUGGAGCUCUGAAACCAUGAGAAAAUCAAGCACAUAA